GAGUCUGGCUGAACAUCCCUCACGAUGAAGAAAAGCAGGAGUGCACAGGGGGUUACACCGGGCGAUGAGAGUAAGGAGCCUCCUAUGGGACAGUCUACAGGCAACACCCUCGGGGUAGAAGUGUGCAAAGUUCACAGGCGGUUUUCUGGCAACCUGCAGCUGCCUCCGUUGUCGUGGCGACAGGCAGAGAAAGAGAGGGAUAGGGGAAGCGCGCUCACACCUGAAGAAGACGCGAUGACCCGGACCAGACCGACGAGCCUACCCAUUGUUUCCCUGCCCCGCAUAGACAUCACACAGGCUGACCCAGACAGCUUUGAGGUAGAGAAUGGCCCAUCGUUGUGCUGCAGUCCUUCAGACCCACAGGCGUCCCCGGGUUCAGGCCUGGUUCUACAUCCCAACCUGGCGAGCCAUGGCCAGCGUAGGGAGUCCUUCCUGUACCGGUCUGACAGUGACUACGAACUGUCACCAAAGUCCUUGUCUCGAAACUCAUCUAUUGUUGGAGAACUACAUGGAGAGGACUUGAUUGUGACUCCAUUUGCCCAGGUUCUGGCAAGCCUUCGGACUGUCAGGAACAACUUCACCACCUUGACGAAUGUACAAUGUGCAUCUAAUAAGAGGUCUCCUGCUGCGAAUCAGCCCUCUGUCACCAAAGUCUGUCUGUCCGAUGAGUCCUACCAGAAGCUGGCUAUGGAAACCAUGGAGGAGCUGGACUGGUGUCUGGACCAGUUGGAAACAAUCCAGACCUACCGCUCUGUCAGCGACAUGGCCUCCAACAAGUUCAAGAGGAUGCUGAACCGUGAGCUAAGCCACCUGUCUGAGAUGAGUCGCUCAGGCAACCAAGUGUCAGAGUACAUCUCCAACACCUUCCUAGACAAACAGAAUGAGUUGGAGCUUCCAUGUCCAGUUCCCAAAUCAAGGGAAAGGAAGAGGAGGCAGGGCCAGCAGCAACAUCAGCAUCAGCAACAGCAGCAGCAACAGCAGCAGGGCGGGAUGAUGACUCAGAUCAGCGGGGUGAGGAAGGUCAGCCACACGCCCAGCAUAUCUGGAGGCAGCAGCAAUCGUUUCGGGGUCAAGACAGAUCAGGAGGAACUGCUGUCGAAGGAUCUGGAAGACAUCAAUAAAUGGGGACUGAACAUCUUCAGGGUAGCAGAGCACUCCCACAACCGGCCGCUCACAUGCGUCAUGUACACUAUCUUUCAGGAGCGAGACCUGAUGAGGACGUUCAAAAUUCCAACGGACACCUUUGUGACGUUCAUGCUGACCCUGGAGGGCCACUAUCACUCGGACGUGGCGUACCACAACAGCCUGCACGCCGCCGACGUAGCCCAGUCCACUCACAUCCUCCUUUCCACCCCCGCGCUGGAUGCGGUCUUCACUGAUCUUGAGAUCUUGGCAGCCAUUUUCGCUGCAGCGAUUCAUGACGUGGACCACCCCGGAGUGUCCAACCAGUUCCUCAUCAAUACCAACUCCGAGCUGGCUCUGAUGUACAACGAUGAGUCAGUGCUGGAGAACCACCACCUGGCUGUGGGCUUCAAACUGCUGCAGGAAGACAACUGUGACAUCUUCCAAAACCUCACUAAGAAGCAGAGGCAGACGCUCAGGAGGAUGGUCAUAGACAUGGUUUUGGCAACAGACAUGUCUAAACACAUGAGCCUGCUGGCCGACUUGAAGACGAUGGUGGAAACUAAGAAGGUGACCAGCUCUGGAGUUCUCCUGCUGGACAACUACACGGACAGGAUGCAGGUUCUUCGUAACAUGGUUCACUGCGCUGAUCUGAGCAAUCCCACCAAGCCUCUGGAUCUGUACCGGCAGUGGACGGACAGGAUCAUGGACGAGUUCUUCCACCAGGGAGACAGAGAGAGGGAGAGGGGGAUGGAGAUCAGCCCCAUGUGUGACAAACACACAGCUUCAGUGGAGAGGACACAGGUGGGCUUCAUUGAUUACAUCGUCCAUCCACUGUGGGAGACGUGGGCCGACCUGGUCCACCCCGACGCACAGGAUAUCCUCGACAUGUUGGAGGACAACAGAAACUGGUACCAGAGCAUGAUCCCCCAGAGCCCCUCCCCUCCUUUCUACACCAGCGACGGGGAGGGGGGACCGCACGGGGAAGUGGAAGGGGUGCCUGUGGCGAAUAAAUUUCAGUUCGAACUGACGCUGGGCGACCAGGACGAAGGCAGGCAGAGCGGAAUAAUGGAGAUGACCGACAGGUGUGACGGCGUGAUGCUCCAAGAUCAUCUCUCCGAUCCAGACGGGGCGGAUACGGUGACACGUGACGUCUCUCCAGCGGAAACAUAGUUGUGAACUGACGUUGUUUCGUGAAGAGUGCAGCAAGGUUUUUUGCUGUUUUGGCUGAAAUCAUUUUAUUGCAGUGGAGCAAUCCUGCAAUCUGGCUCUUUGGAGCUGCCUGGCUAAGAGGGCCUGACUGAAUGUGAGGCACCCCUGCAACCGAGGCUUGGAAACCCUGCGGCAGUUUGUUUAUGAGCCCCCUAGAUGGGAGGUGGAAAAGCGUAGCCUCUGUUCUUUUAAAGAAGAGACUACUGUGGGACUGCAGAGGCAGGGCUGUAUCUGAGCUCUCACUGACAAAGAAGGUGAAAUGGACGAUCCGUGUACUGGGACAAGUAAAAAUUCCAAACUUGCACUUCAGGACCUUUUUUUUUUUAUUUUUUAUGUUCAUUUAGAUUAUUUGUAUUGUUUUGGGAUUGGAUGCCA